AUGGGUUUAGACGAGAGUGAUCAAAGGGUCUUAACUAACCUAAAGAGAAAAAGAGGUGUUGUAAAGGCUUCGUUAACACGAGUUCGAAACUUUAUGAACACAUUUAAUCCGAGAGAACAAGCUAUUACGUUAGUGGAGUUCAGGCAGGAAGAACUGCCGCAGAUCAGCAGGAAAUUCGAUGAGAUACAAUGUCAAAUCGAACUUCUCGAUGUUGACAAUUUUGAGGAGAAUGAGCAGGCAAGAGAAGCCUUUGAAAAUGAUUAUUAUGCUGUUCGAUCGGAGAUGCAAGAGUUGAUUAACCAGGAGAAGUCGCAUAACUCGUCGAUGAGUAAUAAUUCAUUAAAUGCUAGUGUUUCGCAUCAUCAUCAAGCGCGGCUUCCUCCUAUUGAAAUACCAAAAUUUGACGGUAAUAUACAAGAGUGGAAUUCCUUCUUUGACCUUUAUAAGGCAAUGGUUCAUAAUAAUGAGCAUUAUUCGUUAGCUCAGAAAUUCUCUUACCUUCGAUUAGCACUAGGUGGUCCAGCAUCGGACAUUAUCAAAGGGAUACCGAUCACAGAACUCAACUAUGAAGUAGCUAUGAGGAAGCUACAACAGAGAUACGAUAAUAAAAGCUUGGUUAUUCAGUCGCAUAUUCGUGCCAUUCUCGACGCACCUCGAGUAGAGGUCGCUUCGGCGAACGAAUUGCAGAAGCUGCAUUCAUGUAUUUCAACUCAUAUCGCCGCACUUGAGUCGUUGUGCCAACCGAUUGAACAUUGGGAUGCAUGGCUCGUAACAAUUAUUCUGAGGAAAUUAGACCAAACCACAAGCCAUGAAUGGCAGUUGCGUCGAACUAACACAGAUUUACCAACAUAUAUCGAGCUGGAAGAAUUCAUUUCAAGUCGUUGUAUUGCAUUUGAGAGCUCCGAAACACUAGUUGCUAAUGAAAAGGGUGAAGAAGCAAGAUAUCCGACAAAUAGCGCAAUGACGAAGAAGACGUCUAAUCAUACAGCUACAAGAAAAGGAUUAAUAGCUUCAAUUCCCAAUGAUAUAAAAUGCAGCUGCUGCUCUGAACAACAUAAGCUAUACGCGUGUAGUAAGUUUAAAGAUCUAUCAAUAGGAGAUCGUGUCACAGUGGUUCGAGACUCAAGAUUAUGUUUUAACUGUUUUUCUCCAACGCACAUGGCAACUGUAUGUAAAUCUCUUUAUGGUUGUCGUAUAUGCAGACGAAGGCACAAUACGCUGUUGCACUUUGACAAGGUUCCAGAGCCUCAACAAACCACUGAAAGAGAACGGACUACAGCAGAGACGCCAAACGUGUCGGCAACUGCAUCCGCUUUUAAUGGAUUAGAACAAAACUACACGUUUUUAGCAACUGCAGUUGUCCUUGUUACUGAUAGGCGAAGCAAUCAACGUAAGUGUAGAGCUCUACUUGAUAGCGGCUCACAGGUGAAUUUUAUAUCAGGGAACCUCGCCAAGUCACUGCAACUAGAAUGUAAAAAGUCUAACCUACCAGUCGGUGGUAUUGGGGCGAGCCAAGUGAGAGCUGUAUCCUAUGUUGAAGUCUCAGUCCAAUCAAGACUGAGUGAUUAUUGUGUUAAAUUGGUAUGUUACGUGUUGCCAACAAUUGUAAAUAAUUUACCAUCCUGUGAAGCGCCAAAAGAGGGUUGGCAGAUUCCAGAUGAUUUGAUGUCACAGCUAGCAGAUCCUACCUUUCAAAGUCCAGGGACAGUUGAUUUGUUAAUAGGUGGCGGAGUAUUUUUUGAUGUGUUCUCAACUACUGUACCUCGGAUACCAUUAAACGUCAAGAAUGUAGUUUUGAACUGCAGUAAUUUUGGGUGGAUAGUAACCGGUGAAAUAGGAGUAGUGACCUUAGUUGGAAUACAUUCAGUUGGCGAAUCUUUAGAGGAAGAUUGGAAAGCAAUUAUGGCCAGUGAGACUUCUAGUUUCGGACGGCUAUCGAAGGCAAAUCAGAGAUGUUUGGAAGAAGCAGAAACAGUUGAACAUUUUAAUCAAACAACAUACAGAGAUGAAGAUGGACGGUUCGUAGUACGUCUGCCAAGGAAGGACACGGUGAAUGAGUUGGGGUCUACGUUGGCUAUGGCGACAUCCCGAUUCCUCAGUGUGGAACGCAAACUACAGCGCGAUGAGAAAUUUAGAACGGAAUACACGAGGUUCAUCAAUGAAUAUAUUGAAAUGGGACAUAUGGUAGAAGUCGUCGAUGAACUAGUGAUACCAAAACCAUCCUUUUACCUACCACAUCAUGCGGUUCUUAAAAGCUCAAGCCUGACAACCAAGCUCCGAGUUGUGUUUGAUGCGUCAGCCACAAGCUCGUCAGGGCUAUCGCUCAACAAUGUGUUGAAAUGUGGUCCUACCGUGCAAGAGGACGUAUUCGGAAUCCUUACACGUUUUAGAAAACACCAAUACGUCGUAACAUCCGACGUUGAAAAAAUGUUUCGUCAAGUACGCGUUUCAGAGGGUGAUUGGAACCUGCAACGAAUUUUGUGGAGACAAAAUCCAAAAGAGAAGUUACGUACUUAUCAAUUGACGACUGUGACUUAUGGAACGACACCAGCGUCGUUUUUGGCUACACAAUGCUUAGUUGCUUUGGCAGAAGAAGUGAAAGAACAAUACCCGGAAGCGUCAAAGUCUAUUUUUCGUGACUUUUAUAUGGACGAUUUAAUGACAGGCGCAGACAGUGUGGAGGACUGUUGCAGAAUUCAGAGAGAGGUAGGCUCUAUCCUGGAUUCUGCAAAAAUGCCACUGAGAAAGUGGUGUUCAAACUCCCAAGAUAUAAUGGAACAAAUGGGUAGACGUGAAGGUGAUACGUUGUUUACACUUGAGAUAGGAGAUGGAGAAAUAGUCAAAUCGUUAGGACUGGAAUGGAAGCCACUAUUAGAUCAAUUCUUUUUUACUUUAUCUUCCACUUUACAACCGAAAUGUUUAACUAAGCGAGUGAUAUUAUCAGAUCUCAAUAAGAUCUUUGAUCCUCUUGGGUUUUUGACCCCCGUGCUGAUAAAAGGUAAGAUUUUUCUGCAACAGAUGUGGGCAGAGAAAAUUGAUUGGGACAAACCGUUGCCAAUAGCCAUGCAAACAAAAUGGAGCGCCUUCUACCAAAGUUUAGGGCAGUUGAAGGUACUAGAGAUUCCAAGGAAAGUGAUUCCAAGUCUGUCGAGGGACAUCGAAGUCCAUGGUUUCUGCGACGCCUCGGAGGAAGCGUACGGCGCGUGCAUCUAUGUGCGUUCGAUAGAUGUCAACGGAAUAUGGAGUUCGAGACUCUUAUGUUCGAAAACCCGUGUAGCACCUUUGAAAGGAACUACCAUUCCGCGCUUAGAGCUGAAUGGGGCGCUAUUACUUGCCGAGUUAGCCAACAAAGUGUCAGAUUCAUGGGGCUUUCAGUUGGGAAGUUGUCAAUUAUGGACUGACUCGAUCGUAGUCUUGAGUUGGAUAAACAGUCAGCAAACCAGAUUAAAAUCUUACGUUCUAAAUCGAAUAUCUCAAAUUUUGGAAUUGACUGAUGCGAACCAGUGGCACCAUGUACGUACAGCUGACAACCCUGCUGAUGUUAUUUCCCGUGGCAUAAGUGCCAAGGAGCUUUUGGUAGCAGAUCUCUGGUGGCAUGGACCAAGAUGGAUGUCAGAUCAAAAAAGCCAAUGGAAUGCGUCAGAAGUACAAUUAAUCAAAGAUGAAGAGAUUCCGGAACAACGUGCAGUAAAACUUGCAUUAGUGACUUCUCUACCAUUAACCAAACUCUUCGAUGCUUUCUCGAACUGGCACAAACUAGUACGCUCAGUAGCAUGGCUCUUACGAUUCAUAAAGUAUAUGAAGCUAAAAAAAACUAUUGAAUAUCCAAAGCAUUUAUUAGUUUCCGAGUUACAAGGCGCUAAAGUCGCUGUGAUCAAAUGGGUUCAGAGAGAGUCGUUUCACGAGGAGAUUAAAUCAUUAGAAUCUAAUAAGGAACUACUUCGAAGAAGCAAAAUCAAGAAUUUGCAGCCAUUCAUAAAGGACGGUCUAAUCCAUGUCGGCGGACGCCUAGAGUAUUCCAACAUAUCUGAACAGCAAAAACAUCCAUUAGUACUACCAGCGAGCCACAGAAUAACGCGCUUAAUAUUUGAAGAUCGGCACCGAGAAUUACUGCACUGUGGACCACAGGCUUUGUUGGCUGAAAUAAGAAGAAUGUAUUGGCCACUGAGAGGACGAAUAAUGGCACGUUCAGUAACAUCACGUUGUGUUCAGUGUGUAAAGGCAAGACCUAAGUUUUUGUUACCACUGAUGGCCCCAUUACCAAAAGAUCGAGUACAAUGCUCUCGGCCUUUUGGUAUCGCUGGGGUAGAUUUCGCUGGUCCGAUUGUUAUCAGAAGUGGAAUCCGUCGAGUAACUGGCAUAAAGGCAUGGAUUGCUGUUUUUGUGUGCUUUUCGACUAGGGCAGUUCACUUAGAGGCGGUGGAAGACCUAACAAGUGCUGCAUUCGUAGCUUGCUUACGUCGAUUUAUGUCAAGGCGUGGAAAAUGUAAGAGAAUUUAUAGCGAUAAUGGUACCAAUUUCGUUGGGGCGCAAAAAGAGCUCACCGCAUACAUGGAAAAAAUUGAUAAACGAAUGGAAGGAGAAGGAAUCGAAUGGAGAUUCAACCCCCCUUCAGCUCCUCAUUUUGGAGGGCUUUGGGAGAAUGCUGUGAAAAGCACGAAAUUUCAUCUCACAAGGAUAAUGAAGGACACGUGGCUCACCUUAGGAGAACUCAGCACGUUAUUAUGCCAGAUAGAGGCCUGUGUAAACUCAAGACCAAUGACACCGCUGAGUAGCGAUCCGUCUGAUUUAGAAGCGCUAACACCGGCGCACUUUUUAAUUGGUGGGCCCAUGUUCCUACCACCUGAAAAUGAUCUCACAGAAGCCGAGCCAAAUGGUAUACGUCGUUGGAAAAGGGUACAAUAUCUGAUGCAAACAUUCUGGAAACGAUGGGAGAGUGAGUACCUGCCACAGUGUCAAGUACGCGGUAAGUGGGUAUGCAGGACGAGACCAAUGCAGUUAAAUGACGUAGUGAUAAUAAAAGGAGAAAGUAAUCAUCCAACCAAAUGGAAUUUAGGAAGAGUCAUCCAGCUUCAUCCGGGUAAGGAUGGAGUCAUUCGAGUUGUAACUCUACGCACGGCAAGUGGAGUGGAAAUGCGUCGACCAACAGUGAAACUAUGUUGCCUUCCAGUGCAUGAUGAUGACUCGAGUGUUGAAAAAUCAGAUUUUCAACGGGGGGAGGAUGUCGACGCCAGAUAA